GCUGAUUGGAAACUUAACGUCAUUCAUCAUGCGUCUCUUGUCUAUUUUCUUAUUCUCAUAAAAAAAUAUUUAAGAAUGGUGAUAAUCAUGUAACGAAAAGCUAUUUUCUAUAAACUUUUAGUUUUUCUCAAACAUUUAUAUUUUUUAGAGGGAAAGUUGACAACCACAUCGAAACGCAUUAUUAUACUCUUCAUUUUCCAACAUUGUUUUCAACGUUCAAUUAUGUUUCCAAAAUGAACACUCAAAACUUCAUUCUCUUUUUCAUUGGAAUUUCAGUAUUGUAGUUUUUGAAAAUGUCUUCUGUAACAAACCCAGUUCUCGUAUCAUUUCAAAAACCUCAAAUUUCUUCUGGUUUUUUGUCACCCAGAAGAGUUUCAACCAGUUACGCCUUGUUGAAGUCUAGAACACUUCAACUUGAAGCUAACAAUUCAAGCUUGGUGUUCUCUCCAUUGGUGAAGGCCUUUGGAGUAAGACACAGAAGAUUUCCAGUUGUUGUUGCAGCAUUAGCAGCAGAUGCUGAUGACAGUGAAAUUGAAAUUUCAAAUGGGUCAGUUCUAUCCUCAAAGAGUUUUGGUGAGAAAUUUCCUGCAUUGGUUACUGGUUUCUUUUUCUUUAUGUGGUACUUCUUAAAUGUGAUUUUCAACAUACUCAACAAGAAAGUCUACAAUUAUUUUCCAUAUCCAUAUUUUGUUUCUGUUGUGCAUCUCCUUGUUGGGGUGGUAUAUUGCCUUGUAUCUUGGGGUUUAGCUCUACCAAGACGCGCACCAAUGAAUAAGGAGCUCUUGUUACUAUUAACUCCAGUUGCAUUUUGUCAUGCCCUUGGCCAUGUUAUGUCCAAUGUAUCAUUUGCUGCUGUUGCCGUGUCUUUUACACAUACCAUAAAAGCUCUGGAGCCGUUUUUCAAUGCUUCAGCUUCCCAGUUUGUUUUAGGCCAACAUAUUCCCUUGUCUCUGUGGCUAUCUUUGGCCCCUGUUGUUUUUGGUGUAUCAAUGGCAUCACUAACUGAACUGUCUUUCAAUUGGACUGGUUUCAUUAGUGCAAUGAUUUCAAAUAUUGCAUUUACAUACAGAAGUCUAUAUUCUAAGAAAGCUAUGACAGGAAUGGACAGUACGAAUGUAUAUGCGUACAUUUCAGUAAUUGCGCUCGCCUUUUGUAUCCCUCCAGCAAUACUUAUUGAGGGACCUCAACUCAUGGAAUUUGGAUUUAGAAAUGCUAUAGCCAAAGUAGGAUUGAUCAAGUUUUUGUCUGAUCUUUUCUGGAUUGGAAUGUUUUACCAUCUUUAUAAUCAGCUUGCUACUAAUACUUUGGAACGUGUUGCGCCACUUACACAUGCAGUUGGAAAUGUGUUGAAGAGAGUUUUUGUUAUUGGAUUUUCAAUAGUAGUGUUCGGCAACAAGAUAUCUACACAAACUGGCAUUGGAACUGCGAUUGCAAUUGCAGGUGUUGCCAUCUAUUCUGUGAUAAAAGCAAAUAUAGAAGAACAAAAACGGAAAGCUGCUACAGCCCCUGCAUCUUAAUGGAAGCUCUUUCUUUCAUCAGCAAUAUUGGAUCAAGCUACAUUGGCAUAAAGUGGUAUGAGAAGAAUUCUGAGAAUCUAAUAUUUAGAAACAUUUUUCAUUGUUUGUACCUUUCAAAGUGAAAACUUUAGAAGAACUGCAAGAUGUAAUCUGAAAGAUGAGGCUUAUUUUGCUUCAUUUUCUUAUUCUUAGUUUCUAUUUUUAUUUUUUCAUUGCAUGCCCUAUUUAUCAAAAUUGACUAUAAUAUAAAUGUAUGACUUAAAUCACUCUUGGU